AUGAAUGUCACCUCUACCCCCGAAACAGUCUAUGAACCCGUGGUCUUCAAGCGCAGCUCUGGCACACUCAAACUCUCUCACAAUCAACUGAGCUUCCACACGGAGGAAAAGGUCUGUGUGCUUCCCUGGAGUAAGGUUGUACAACGUCAAGUUACUUCGACUGCUUCGAAAAAGGCCAACAUGGAACCCAAGUUCAAGCUCAUUCUCAACAGUGGCAACGAAGCCAUCUUUCAGAUGGAAGACCGUGUCAGUCUCGAAGUCGUACGUGAUGAUCUUGGGGAACGUCUCGAAUGCUGGCGUACCCGUAAGCAGCACCCAGCCUCACCAGAGGUGUCGGAGACGGUGAACAUGGCAAGUUCAGCUUCUUGGUCAAGCGGAAAAGCACUCCGUAUCGCAUGA